AUUUUACUUCAAUAGUUUGUUUCUAUCUAUCAAAAAUACUCAAACUUCAAAAUGCGUGAAUGUAUUUCUGUACACAUUGGCCAAUCUGGGGUCCAGAUUGGUAAUGCCUGCUGGGAAUUGUAUUGUUUAGAGCACGGAAUUACUCCAGAUGGUCAAAAGCUAUCUGACAAGGCCAUUGAAGGAAGAUAUGAUAGCUUUAACACCUUCUUCAGUGAAACUCAUUCAGGAAAAUAUGUGCCAAGAGCUGUGCUUUUCGAUCUCGAACCUACUGUUGUUGAUGAGGUGAGAACUGGAAUAUACCGUCAAUUGUUCCAUCCUGAACAAUUGAUUACUGGUAUGGAGGAUGCUGCCAACAACUAUGCACGUGGACACUACACUAUUGGAAGAGAAAUUAUUGAUGUUGUUUUAGAUAGAAUCAGGAAAUUGUCUGAUCAAUGCACCGGUCUUCAAGGUAUUUUGAUCUUUCAUUCUUUCGGAGGUGGUACUGGAUCUGGCUUUACAUCUUUAUUGAUGGAAAAACUCAGCGAUGACUACGGAAAGAAGAGUAAAUUAGAAUUCGUCAUCUACCCAGCCCCUCAAGUGUCCACCGCUGUAGUUGAGCCAUACAACUCCGUCUUGACCACACACGCUACUCUUGAACAUAGUGACUGUGCAUUCAUGGUCGAUAAUGAAGCUAUCUAUGACAUUUGCUGUAAUAAUCUUGAUAUUGCUCGUCCAACUUAUACUAAUUUAAAUCGACUUAUUGGCCAAAUUGUUUCUUCAAUAACUGCUUCUCUCCGUUUUGAUGGUGCCCUCAAUGUUGAAUUGAAUGAAUUUCAGACCAAUUUGGUCCCAUACCCCCGUAUCCAUUUCCCGUUGGUUACCUAUGCUCCAGUCAUUUCCACUGGAAAGUCUAGCCACGAAUCAUUCUCUAUAUCAGAAAUCACUAAUGCUUGUUUUGAACCAGCCAACCAAAUGAUGAAUUGUGACACACGUGAAGGCAGAUACAUUGCGUGCUGCAUGUUGUACCGUGGUGAUGUCGUACCAAAGGAUGUCAAUGCUGCCAUCGCUUCCAUCAAAAACCAGAAGAGUAUUAAGUUUUUUGAUUGGUGUUCAACUGGUUUUAAAAUUGGUAUUAAUUACCAACCCCCUACUGUAGUUCCUGGUGGCAACUUGGCUGAAGUACAACGUGCUGUUUGCAUGUUGUCUAACACUACUGCAAUUAAUGAAGCUUUUACUAGAUUAAACAGAAAGUUCGACUUGAUGUUUUCCAAACGUGCUUUUGUCCAUUGGUAUGAAAGAGAAGGAAUGGAAGGAGAAGAAUUCUAUGAAGCCCGUGAGGAUUUGGCUGUUCUAGAGAUGGAUUAUAAUUUGCUUAUUGAUGAAGAAGAAAUCGAGGAAAGUUCCCAUACUACUUAUGUUUGA